AUGAAAAUAAUCAAAUGGCCAAAGCCUCCCAAACCUGCCGUGCCUUUUCGGAAAAGCAGUGACCCAUCACGUACACGGUUUGUUAUUAUAAAUUCUGGAAAGACUUUUUAUGUCGGAGAUCAGUUACAAGUGAUGCUGCAGAUGUAUGAUUUUGAAGGAAAUCCAAAGCAAUAUGGGGGUGACUAUCUCCAAGCCAGGAUCCACACCCCAGAGUUGAAAGCCGGUUCAGCAGGAACAGUUAUAGAUAACCAAAAUGGAAGUUAUUACAUAAAUUUUAAUUUAUCCUGGCCGGGGAAAGUCCAAGUGUCUGUUUCCUUGGUUCAUCCCAGUGAGGGGAUCGAAGUACUAAAAUGGCUACGUGAGGAAGAGCCAGAUCGAGUGUACUUCCAAAGUGCCUUUAAAUCAAUGAAUAUAUCAGAGAUCACUGUGUGCAAUCUAUGUUUGCCUCAGAAUAAACCACUCUGCAACUUUACUGAUAUCAAGAUUUGGGAGCCAUGGUUCUGCUAUAAACCAAAGAAGCUUCCCUGCUCUUCUCGUGUCAGCCAUGCAAUAGGAGGUUAUAAGAGGCAUCUUAUAACAGAAGAUGAAGGUCGUUUAUUCCACAGUAAAAUCAACAUCAAAGAGCCCAUAUUAUCCAAAGGUUUGGAAUACGUAACAGUAAAGGCUUCAGCUCAGAGAGGCAAAGAUCUUGGAAAAUGCGUCCCUGGAAAACCUCUGCUUUCACCAUCAGGAUUUUAUUUUCGGGACCGGUGGUCAUCGACAAGUUGUAACAUUCGGCAGUUCAAGACUCCAGCAAAUGUCAUCGACUGUCUUCGUGGAAAAAGGGUUCACAUUUUUGGAGAUUCUACUAUACGCCAAUGGUUUGAGUUUAUGAUAGAAUUUGUGCCAGGUCUCAAAAAGUUAACUACCAGUGCAACUAAAAAAUUUGGCCCUUACUACGUUGUGGAUGUAGAAAAUAACAUUACCAUGCAUUAUUAUAUUCAUGGCAUACCAAUCCGAAUUCCUUUCAUUUCAAUUCUGAACCUCCCAUUCAUUGCGAAUAAAUUGGAUGACAUUAAAGGAGGAAAGAACACAGUUAUAGCCUUCACCAUCUGGUGCCAUUUCAACACUUUUCCAGUGGAACAUUACAUCCGAAGGCUACAGAACAUCCGCAGGUCAAUUCUACGAUUGCUGGAUAGAAGCCCAGAUACAGUGAUUGUAAUAAAGACGGCCAAUGUCCAGGCCCUUCCACGAGAUGUCAGUCUCUAUACCAGUGACUGGUUCUCCUACCAGCUUGAUUUAGUGAUGAGAAGGAUGUUUGAGGGCAUCAAAGUGGCAUUUGUGGAUGCGUGGGAGAUGACCUUAGCACAUUACCUGCCACAUGACCUACACCCCAAGCAAAUCAUCAUCAAGAAUGAAGUAGAUAUGUUCCUUUCAUACGUAUGUCCUCUGGAAAAGUAA